AUGGGUGUUCUUCGCAUAUACCUCAUUUGCCUGAUAGUUUUUCAUCUGAUUUUUACUGUAAGUAUGCUAACUAGACGCAAUCAUGUACAACCUUUAAUAUAUUUGCUGCUGAAUAAGUUUUCAGAUUCUAUUAAACAUUGCGAACAAAGCAUUGCAUAUUUUAAAGCAUUUGACGGUACAAUUGUAGUUCAGUUGCUUCUUUCUGUAGUGUAUCUGAGUAAAGAUGCUGAUAGAAACGACUGAGCUGUAUUUAGUCUCUGGUUACUCACGUCCAGGACUGAAUUUAACCAUAAUCAGCAUCACUUAUUGCCUGUGGCUUUAAUUUUACUCUGUCGUACUUUGUUUAUUUAAGUGAAUCAUUAGGAACUGUUCAGAUUCGCAACGUUAAAAUCCAUUAAAUGUUUCUACUUUUGACAGGAGCACGUCAAAAGUUAAAUAAGAAGCAGUCGUCUUGUUCCUUACAGAAUUAGUCGUUAUUAAGAGGUGACUUAAUUGUGGACGAACUGUAAUAAAUACACUGGAAUUUCCUUAUUCUAGUCUUUUCCAGCAGAACCAUAACACUAUUAGACAAUUAGAAUUAAAAAACGAAAUUUUGUGCUACGUGCUGAAACUCGUUAAUCGGACUCUAAGGCAAUUAUUUUAUAUCAUUUGUCUGCAAAAUAGCUCUUAUGUCUUUAAUAUAUUAAUUUGAAAUCAUUACCUCCUAAGGAUGAACCGUUUUGCUCUAAAAAGGGUCAAAUGAUAACCUACCCUUAAAUAUCGCUUUUUCUUUUAAUGCUCUUUUUUUAGGUUUACUCAAGGUGUGGAGGUGAUGAGUUUACGAUUGUUGAUGACUCAGGCAAAAUUAUCUCUUGUAUAAGGUGUUCCAACUAUAUGUGCAAACCUGGCUUUGGGUUGUCUCGUCAAUGUGGAGGUAUAGUUCAACAAACUGAAGCACAGAGAAUUGUUUGUCAACCAUGUGAACUUGGGAAAACAUACUCAAACACCACAGAUUAUGGUUCUUGCAGGCCAUGUCAAAUAUGUCCUGACUCUCAUACAGUAGUGAGAAAAUGUACUUUGACAGCCAAUUCAGAAUGUAACAGAGACUGUGGGAAAGAGUCCUAUUUUGAUGAAACAACAGGGUCCUGCAGGAAAUGCUCAUUUUGUUGUGAUGGAAAGAACGAAAAAAAAGAUGACUGUAAACAUAUGCCCUUCUACGAGCAAUGUGAUGCUAAUCUCCCUCUUCAAAUUAUUAAUGCCUGUAAACCGAAAUGUAAACAUAAUCAGUACAUUGUAAUGACAAAGAAUGGUUCACAUUGUGAGAACUGUAAACACUGUCCUCUUGGAACUUCCCCAUCUAUAAAAUGUGGAAGUAUGGUGGAAAGUACCGCUGCCAUUGAAUGUUUAGGAUGUGUGGCAGGUCAGACAUUUUCAGACAAGCUAGACACGGGUUCCUGUAAAACUUGUACUAAAUGUUCUAUUGGACAAAAAGAACUGAUACCAUGUAAUGUGACAAGGGACAGGGUAUGUGGUGAGUGUGCUAAAGGUUUUUAUAAAGAUGACACUAGUAAUACAUGCAUGCCAUGUUCAGCAUGCUGUAAUGAUGACGAAGAUGUACAUGUUGAAAAAUGUGCAGAAGAAAACAUGCCAUUAAGUCUGCAGUGUAGUUAUACUAGGAGAGCUAUCAGUGUUUGUCAACAAAAGAUACAAGAAAAUACAAAGCAGGAAGACUCCAGAAGCUUGUUAGCUGUUUACAUAGCCGCUGGUGUUACAAUGGGACUUGUGACUUCAAUUCUCAUAAUGCUAUUGUUGAGGUGGAGACAUCAAAGGUACAAGAGGCUGUCAGGAAGCCAUUCACUUACAAUGCUACUUCCAUCUGAAGAAGAACAAGAAGAAGAAGGUUACUAUAUUUAUUAUUCAUCCAAUUCUAAAAUUUUGCGUUUUUUUAUAGGUUUGAAACCCUCAACCGCCCUUGGCCAAAUUUAGACGAUGUUAGCAAUAUACAAUUGAUCUAAUGGUAUAUUUUCGUGGAAAUGAGGUUGAUCAAUUGUAUAUUUGCCUGGAAACAAGGCCUUCACCUCAGUGCAGAACAUUCUCCUGGAUUUGCAUAAUUCUUGACUCCAUACACAGCCUCAUUCAAUAUACGUGCUAAAUAUACUCCAUAUAUAAUGACAUCCAUAUUGUCCACACCAUUCUCUGAAUAUUCUUUGUGAUUAUUACAAGAAAAAAAUUGAUAAGAAACCAUGACAUUUUUCCUUGGCAAUCAUUUCCUUUACUCCUAUAACCUUGUGCCCCAUUCACAUCAAAGCUUAAACAUUUUUAAAAGCUGUUUAGUUAAACACGGUAUAAAAUUGUUUCCUUCAUAAAAUCUGCUUACUGACUUGAGUUAUUUGCAAAUUUAGUGGCUUAGGGGAGGGGUAGGUGGGCAGCUUCCAAGAAACGUAUAAAGAUCCUUUUAUGAUUACAACAUACAAAUAUAGCAAUGAUAAAAGGUCAAAUGGGGUGGGGUGCUGCAGAAACUUCAACUCUAAAAGGUAGAGACUGCUUUUUAUGGUAUUAUGGCUGCUUAUUUUUAAAAUUCAAAUCACAUAUGUGCAGAUUGCCCAAUGAACAUGAAAAUCCCAGUCAGUGUGCUUAACAACCCAAUUUAAUAAUUAAACUAUGAAUUAGGGAACACAGAAAAGAAGUAUUGAUGAUCAGUACGGUGCUUAGAUGUCCCCUACCUUUGUUUAAAUCCCUAUUGUGGAAUUUAUACCACUGACAUCCAUCUCAUAUAUUUUUUAUUUUCUAUUACAGCAACGAGCCAUUCAGCAGCAAAACUUGAGGAUCCAACAGUAAAUGUUUCACAGGAGACUUUAUCCUUUGAAAAAUGUGGAGUCUUACUUCAGUUCAAUGAUCCACAAAGCUUCUUUAAUGAUGCUCAACAGAUAAGAGUAGAAAUAUGUUGGGAUAAAACUUCUUUUCCCGCUUUGAAUCAAGAUGAAGUGCAACUCAGUCCCAUUAUUACGUUUCACCCUAAUGGCAUAAGACUAUCCAAGCCUGUGCAGAUUAGAAUACCACACAGUGCGCUAGUAUUUUAUAGUCAUGGUUGGAAUAUAAAACUCAAAAGUUCAGCAUUUCAAAAUGGAGUAACUGUAUGGAGGGAUGAGGAAGUGGAUGAAAUAAGUACCAAUGAUGUUUGCUACCACGUGGAUUGUCUCCUAUCCUAUGUUGUUGUUGGUACACCAGCAUUCAAUUCCAAACCAAACAAAAAGCGUUUCAAGUGUGCAAUCUUUGGUGGUGAAGGCAAAGUUGGUGAGAACUAUACAGCAUAUCUGUAUGUAUUUGAUGACUGCGAAGCAUCGCUUGAGGUAACUUCUUGUCUGUGGCUUAUAGUUAACAGUCUCUGAAACCAAGGGGUGCACAUUAAGGCUGUCUAACACUUUAAUAUUUUAUGUUUUUUGUGGGAACGCUUCAAAUUCACUAGAAUCCCUCUAGUAAAUACAUGUAAGAACUGAAGAAAACUAUCAUUAAUUCCAGACAGAUUGAUUACGUGUACUAUACAGUACUCCUCUCCCCUCCUUCCCCCCCCCCCCCCACAUUAUUGAUUAUCAUGGUCGCAACAAAAAGCCUUUCCACCAGCUUGUUACAUGUCGACUGCAUGCAAAAUAUUAUAAUGUCUGUCCUUUAAGACUUUUUCCCUUAAUCUUCUUAAACAAAAAUAAAUCUAUACUAUAUUUCACAUUAUUUCGUUCUAUUUUUCAGAAAAUGAUGGAGGAAGAGAAGUCUAAAAACAGGAUUCUUCUGGGAUCUCUUCAGUCUUUGUAUGUCGAGACUGUACAGGAUACUGAUAUCAAGAUUUCUGUUAAACAACUUGUUCAAGGAUGGAAGGAAGCAUGCAUAACUCCACAGGUUAUUUAAUACUCUCUGCAAUGAGUCCUACAAAUUACACAUUAUUAGUAUGUGUAAUCAAAUGGUGACGAGUGAAAUUAGGGAAUAAUUUCACGCGCAUUUUGUCCAAAUUCUUAUAAUUUCCCGAGCCUUUAGGCUAGGGAAAUUAUUAGGAUUUGGACAAAACGCAAGUGAAAUUGUUCCCUAAUUUCACGAGUAUACCAUUUGAUUACCUAUUAAUAUUUUGACUUGUUUAUCCUCAGAAUUAUCCUGGAUCGUAUCGAUCGAUCGUGAACUCCACUCUCUCAAACGUUUAGAGCUCAAAUUUGGCUAAGUUUUCAGAAUUUUUCGACAACAUACCUUUAAGAAUCCUUCUUGACAAGCUCUUUCGUGUGUUCAGGUUUUCUAAAACGUCUUUUUAUGCCCUGACAUCUUCAUUCAUGACCAUUCAUGACAUUUUAAAACUUCGUCGCCAUCUUGAAACAGAGACGUACGGCAGGCUGCCAUGGCAAUUUAGUAAUUUCACAUGUGAAAUUACAAAUUAACGCUGAAAUUUCGCGCCAAAAUUAAGGAGUAAUUCGUCACCUAUGAUAUUAUUAAUGGUAUAUACUAUUUUUGUACAGCUUCUUAGACUAAUGUGUGGUGCUGACAGGUGUAUAGAAGCUACACUUAAUAAAAAUAAAAAUAAGUAAUGGGUAUGAUGAAAAAAGAGGUUAGGUGCAUGGUCUACAGGAGGUAUCUCCCACAAACAAGUUCAUUAAUUUUUUGUUAACCAUUUAUUAAAAAAACCGAAUGAUUUAUUCAUCAUUAAUCAGAUCAUUUAAUGUUUUAGUAUAUUAGAAAUUAGGAGUGUUUGUACUGUUUAUAUUUCUACACAGGUGAUAACACACAAGAGUUUGAAGGAAUCCUACAAAACAAUACCACGAUCAGAGAUAUUGUUUAAACAUGACAAUGGUAGAAAUCGAGACUUUCAUUGUACUCUUGAACUAACAGCAGACAACACAACAACAACAAAACUUUCCGCAGUGGCUUCAAUCAAAGAUGUGAGUUUCACUUACGUUUAUUUGAAACCUUUUAGUGAACAUUUCCUCUACUGUGAGUUGCAAAGUACAGUCAUUUGUAUGAAACUGUCCACACAAACAAUAAACCCAUUUAAGUAUGUGUUCACACUGGAGUAGAAUGCAGGAAAGGUCUACAUCAAACAAAAAUAAUACUGGUAUAUAAAAAAUUAAUGUAGAAAAUUAAGGUAGGCAUAAUACAAUGUAUAAUAUGUACCUUUAAAAUUACAUUAAUUUGAAUUUUCUGCAGGAUCCAUUUAAGAGAUACCAAGAGAGCAAUCAGGGCCUCGGUCAUAAUGAUCUGAUGGUGACUGGGAGAAAUCUUUGUGGUAAGCUGUUCUCCAUACAAGAUAGACAUGUUUACUGAGACAUUAGCCAACCUUUAACACCACACUAUAUCCUAUACCGCACCACAUACAUGCUAAUAUAUUAUAGACUUAACUUGCUUACAACCUGGGCUUCUUGCAGUCUGGUCCCAGCACUUACAAACAAAAUUUAAGCUGUUUAUCAGUCAUUCUAAUUCAAAAUAACUAAAUAUGAAACAGUUUAAGGUAUUUACGUACCGCUAAAAUGGGUAACAAAAUGACCUGUCUUUAAGUAUUUUAGCUUCUUUUCUUUUCUUGGUUUCAGUGACCAUUGUAGAAUCCGAGUUUUUCACAUUUUAGCCGUACAUAGCACCCUAAGCUAAAUACUAUUAAAAAAGCACAUUUUAAAAUAUUUCAAAAUAUUUUCCCCUAUUGCGUAAUCAGUUUCACACAAAUCCUGAGUAACCAACUGGCAACUUACAACUCAUGCUGAUCUUGUAGAUCCCUUGAUCACUGGUGAAGGCAGACCAUCAAUUUGCUUCCAUGAAAUUCCAAAGGAGGUACUACAAGCUGUUGCCAUGAAACUGGACCUCUCAUGCAGAGGUGUGGGAAACUGGAGACAUGUUGCAGCACACCUAGGCUUCACAGAAAAGGAGAUUGAUGACUUUAGAGCAGAAUUGUUGAGUCCUGAUGGCAGUCCUUGCACAGUUAUGCUUCAUGCUCUUCAAGAAAAGCAACCAAAGUUUACUGUAGCAGAGUUUGUACACAUUCUUCAAACUCGCAAAAUUCAGCGAUUUGAUGUGGUCAAUAUCCUAGAGCCUUAUGUGUAUGAGCAAAUUUCCAGUUUUUCUGAAGAAUAAGAAAAUUCUUAACUGUUCUGAUGAAGGAUAAGUCGAGCAAAGAAAGCAUCAAUAACGCAAAAAAAUAGUAUAGGAUACUGUCAGAUAUCAAAAAUAAAACAAUAGAAGCAGGGUUACCGGGUACUGUAAUUCAAAUGAGACAAAAUAUAUUUUGUCCCAUUUUCUGACACAUAAGAAGACAUUAUAAGGACAAUAAAAGAAAUACAAAAUGUACCUGUAAUUCUAAUAUAAAAACUUUGACUCCGAACAUGUCCCUGCAUGUCUCAGCUUUUAUUAGAGUGUGUAAAAACGUUUGGUUGGGUUCAUGGGUUUCGGGUAUAUUGACUGGAUGAGUGCACUUGACAUAUCUGUGUUAUGUACUGUUUAAAAAAUGAGCAGGAGUGUAUUAUCAGGUUUAAAAACUCUCGGCUUCACCUCGAGUUUUUAAACCUGAUAAUACACAACUGUGAGUUUCUUGAACUGCUUCAAAAUCUCUGAGAUAGAUCAACUCAUUCUUGCACUAUUGUUUAGAUUUGGGGUUAUUUUGGUCUAAAAAAUUGGACGUAAAGUUUAGCCGUGUCUUUAUAAGCGGCUAUAAAGACACUCAUUAAACAUCAAUUUCUUUGUUUGUUUUUUAUUUUAAUUUGUUUUUUCUUUAUGAAUUAUAAUGCAUUUAUGAAGUUAUAAUAAAGGGAUCUAUAUCUACUACCAAGGAUAAACCAAACUGGGCUAAACAACAUUUUCAUGCGUAACUGGAACAGACUUGAACUAGAAGUCAGAGACAGUCAGUAGGUUUACCUUUUGUAAACAAUUUUAAAUUAAGUAUCGUGAGUAAUGUUGUUUAUUUUCCAUUCUUUUUAUAAUGUUAACGCCCGUUUCUCAUGUUUACCAGUUCCGUAAAAAAUAUCACAGCAAACCCCUAAAAAUCACAAGAGUGAGUUGAGUUUCCUGUUUGAUCAAUUACUAAUUUUAUUAUUUAUUUUUUGUUGUCAUCAAAAUUAAAGUAGUCCUAAAAAGGCCACUUUUUAAUAUUAAUGUGCACCAACACUGGAAUCACAGCUGUCACAGCUGUCUUUAUCUGGGCUGAGCUAGCUAUUUUGUAUGCAAAUAAAAAUAUCCUUAUAUUAGCCG